AUGUCUGAUCUUAGCCAAGUAGUCAUUGACUCAAAUGACUCAGACAUUUACAAGAAUGUGUUUUGCAAUCCUGCCUUUGAGCUGGAGGAGGAGCGAGAGGACCGGGUGGAGUCUUUGAGAAUGACCUCAUCCACCCCCGAGCCUAUCAAACCACCAACUACAUUACGGGCUGCUGGUUGUGGCUGGGGCAAGGUGGUGGUCUCUGCUGCUGCUCUUCUGCUGCUUGCUGCUCUCGGCCUGACGCUGGCCCUCAUCCUCACACAGAUUACAGGUCAGAAGGUUGGGGAGCAGCUGUUGUCCACCAGCCCAUCUGACCCGUUGACUGCAGGUGGUGGAGAUUUCACAACAAUUUCUGCAAAUAGAAGCCAGCUGGACAGUACGACAAUACCUCACCCUGUUACCGUUUCCAUGACUGAAACAAGUUGUGGCGGAGUCUUGACUGAUUCUGAAGGCUUUUUCAGCUCACCAAACCACCCUGGCUCCUAUCCCUCCAACACCUUGUGUGUGUGGGUGAUCCAAGUCAUGCCCCCUCACUUCAUUCAGAUCCAUGUGUCCUCUUUGAACGUGGAGGGUCCUUCUCCCUGUUUGUUUGAUUGGCUAGAGGUACAGGAGCAUGCAGAGCAUAGCUCCACGGUCACAAGGUUCUGUGGUGCCGUUGCUCCACCAACAGUCAAUACAAACAGCAGCACAGUUUGGGUGACCUUCCACUCUGAUGGCAGCAUUGCAGGCAAUGGCUUCACAGCUCAGUACAGGGCCUUGCUGCCAGGACACAGAAGUUGUUCCAAAGAAGAGUUCAUGUGCGAUAGCGGCCACUGUCUGCUGCCCAUUUCCGUGUGUGAUGGUCAUCCGAACUGUGCUGACCAAAAAGAUGAGGCCAACUGCAGCCGCAAACACAGUGAAUGUGGUGGGAAAAAACUGGGACCAUCUGGAUUCUUGGCAAGUCCAAACCACCCCAGGCCAUACCCUCACCAGCAGUUCUGUGUUUGGCACAUAUCUGUUGAGGAGGGUCACGUCAUCAUGCUGCGCUUCAAUAACUUCAGCCUGGAGACACAGGAUGUGUGUGAAUUUGACUAUGUGGAGGUGCAUGACAGCAGCACCACUGGAGCUGGAAGAGUUCUGGGAAGGUUUUGUGGCACAGCCCUCCCACCAGACCUGACCUCAUCUGGCCAGGACAUGACUCUGCUGUUUGUUGCUGAUGAGGGAGUGGCUGACAGCGGCUUUAAUGCAUCAUAUCACUCUGUGUCCCUGCUGGAUAGGACAUGUGGUCCACAGCAGUUUGCCUGCAAUACGGGCGAGUGUCUUCAUCCACAGUGGUUGUGUGACGGCUGGAAUGACUGCCCUGACGGAGCAGAUGAACAGGAUUGUGGCAACUCCACAUACCCUCCCUUCACUUCCCCAUGUGAGUCCAUUGAGGUAGAGAUGUGUCUGGGCCUCAGCUACAACUUUACCUCAUUCCCCAACAUAUGGCUUUCCAUUGCUGAUCAGAGGGAAGCCACCACACUUCUGCGGCAAUAUAGGGUUCUAAUGGAGCUGGCCUGCUUCGAGCCUUUACGGAGACUUGUUUGUGGGAUGUUCUUGCCACAGUGCAGCCCUCAUGGAGGGGUCCUGCAACCCUGCCGUUCCGUAUGCACCUCGGCUGAACAGCAGUGCAGUCAAGCCUUGGACCUUUUCUCCUUCAGCUGGCCCUUCAACUGCCACCUUCUGCCUGACACACAGGACCCAAUGGAGUGCUCACUCCCCUAA